CCAAGAUUGCUGGCGACUUCACCCGGCGUUGGCAGUUCCCAAACUAUUUGGGGGCUGUUGACGGGAAGCACGUCGCCAUCACCUGCCCGCCGAAAUCUGGAAGUGCCUUCUUCAAUUACAAGGGUACUUUCUCCAUUGUGCUGAUGGCCGUGGUCGACAGCUCUUCGAAGUUCGUGCUGGUCGAUAUUGGGGCAGAGGGCCGCCAGAGUGACGGCGGAGUGUUCAAGAACACGAAGUUUGGGAAGGCCCUAACGGAAGGGCAGCUUGACAUCCCCUCACUGGGGCAGCUCCCAGGCACCACAAAGGUGGCGCCGUACGCUUUCGUCGGGGAUGAAGCGUUCCAGCUGCGGCGCGACUUUAUGCGCCCUUUCCCUGCUAGACUCCUUGAAGAUGAACGAAGAGUGUUCAAUUACAGACUAAGCCGAGCACGGAGGUGUGCUGAAAACGCCUUCGGCAUCACAGCGGCCAGGUGGCGCAUACUGCUCCGCACCAUUCAGCUUCUCCCCAAGAAUGUGGAUUAUGUAGUGAAGGCAGCAUGUAUACUGCAUAAUUUCUUAGCGGUCCUAAAUGAGGAAUCGGACCAGAUCCUCGACCAAGAGGACAGGUUCGGAAAUGUGGUUCCAGGACGGUGGAGGCAGGGCAUCCAGCAGACGUCGGGGCAGGGGCAUGUGGACCCCUGCUAUUUCCCGCUUCAGGGAUCCCAGUCACGGAACUUCAGUGCAGAUGCUGCGGAUGCCAGGACGCUUUUCUCGGCCUACUUUUGCAGCAGCGCUGGAGAGGUACCGUGGCAGUGGCACCAGCCCGGAGUCUCCAAACAAGGGGCCCUGAAGCGCUUGGAAGAGCAGGGGCUGCACCCAUUUUGCUGAAGCUAAACUUCUCCUUUAAUAGCAAAGACACCCUGAAUCAUGUUUAGCCAUGUAAUGUUGGCCCACUCAUAUUGCACCAUGCCUCAUAAUGCAACAUGCCUCAUUCUCUAUGCCCACGCUUUGUCAGCUCUAAGGACAAGAAGCACCACACUUCAGCUACUGUUUAAUUGCCGGAUCACUUCCAGAAUCUUCAUGUGCAUGCGCAAGUGGUCUUCCUCUUUUACUUUUCUCAUUGAUUUCACGAGCGACAAUGCAAAAUAAUGAUGGUCGUCCUGGUCCUCUAGACUGUAUGUAAGUUUUCCAAGGUGCUCUACAAGUAAACUG